AAAAAAUAGAACCGUUAGAAACUAAAAUAGCCUUUGCUUUGGUGCGUUGUUCUUCCGGUGACAAAGGUCAACUCGCCAGAGAAGAAGCCAGGAUCCGAGAAAAUCGACGGACACCGACUAAAAAACUAUUAAAAACAUGUCUCACACCAUCCUGCUGGUGCAGCCCACCAAGAGGCCAGAGGGAAGGACAUACGCUGAUUAUGAAUCUGUCAACGAGUGUAUGGAAGGUGUGUGUAAGAUGUACGAGGAGCAUUUAAAGAGAAUGAACCCCAACAGUCCGUCGAUAACAUACGACAUCAGCCAGCUGUUUGACUUCAUCGAUGACCUGGCUGACCUCAGCUGUUUGGUGUAUCGUGCCGACACACAGACAUACCAGCCGUACAACAAGGACUGGAUCAAAGAGAAGAUCUACGUGCUGCUUCGCCGUCAGGCCCAGCAGGCCGCAAAGUGAAGCCUCUGAGGGGGUGGAAGGUCGGAGGGGUCAAUAUUAUUUUUCUUAUCUGUAACUUGGGUUGAUUAAGUUUGUUUUGAGAAGUUUUUAAGAAGUUUUUUCUCAUGGAGCGGAGGUGUAUUUUGUAUUUUAAUGUUUGACUUAUUAAUAAACAUUUCAUUUCAAUAACAAA